ACUAUGAGGCUCUUUAUUGCUUUAACAUUACUCUGGGCUUCGGCCUUGGCCCAUGACAAUGGACAACAUCCGAAUUUUCCACGAGCUCGCAGUUACCAGCCCUUGGAUGAAGAACAAACCACAGAAUUUUGGAUGAACAAGGCUCAAAAUAUAUUGGCUCACAAAUUGCAGAAAUUGAACAAGCUCAAUACGAACAAGGCCAAAAAUAUUAUAUUGUUUUUGGGUGAUGGAAUGUCUGUGCAUACCAUAACGGCGACCAGAGAUUUUAUGGGUGACAGCAAUAAGCAGGUGUCAUUUGAAAAGUUUCCCUAUGUGGGUUUAUCACGAACAUAUGCGGUAAAUAAAAGAACUCCAGAUUCAGCGGCCACAGCUACGGCAUAUUUGAAUGGUGUUAAGGCUAAUUAUGGCACCAUAGGAGUCAAUGCUCAGGUACCUAAAUAUGAUUGCUUUAAAGCCAAUGAUACUACAACUCAUACAGAAAGUUUGGCUAAAUGGGCUCAAGAUGCUGGCAAAUGGGCUGGUUUGGUUACCACUGCCCGGGUAACACAUGCUUCACCGGCUGGUGUUUAUGCUCAUACUGCCAAUCGUGGUUGGGAAUAUAACCAGGCUGUUAUCAAUGAUGGCUGCAGUGAUGACAUUAAUGUAGACAUAGCCCGCCAAUUGGUGGAAUGGCCAGUGGGCAAAGAGUUGCAUGUUGUGUUAGGUGGUGGUCGUCGGAAUUUCCGUGAUAAAUCUAUAAAUGAUGAAGAAGGCUCUCGCGGCUAUAGGACCGACAACCGAGAUUUAAUUCAAGAAUGGUUGCAAGAGAAAAAACAAGAAAAUAAAUCUGCCGAAUAUGUGUGGUCGAAAAAGGGUUUGGAAAUGGUUGAUAUAAAUAAAACAGAUUAUUUAAUGGGCUUAUUCAGUGCUUCGCAUUGUCCCUAUCAUGGCGAUUUAAAGAGAGAGCAUUUGGAAAACUCUGAUCCCUCUUUAACGGAAAUGACCGAGGCGGCCAUUAAAUUAUUAAGCAAAAAUGAGCAAGGUUAUUUCUUGUUUGUGGAGGGAGCCAAAAUUGAUAUGGCCCAUCAUGACUCCAGAGCCCACAAGUCUUUGGAGGAUACAGCUGAAUUUGCCAGAGCUUUAGAAUUGGCGCGUAAUAUAACCAGUGAGGAGGAUACGCUAAUAGUGGUGACCUCAGAUCAUGCACAUACCAUGACCAUUAAUGGUUAUCCGAAUCGCCGUCAAAACAUAUUUGGUUUGGCCCCUGGCAAUGGAGAUGAUGGUCUGCCCUAUACCAUUCUCUCCUAUGCCAAUGGCCCCGGCUACUCCAAAACCUACUCCUCCAAAAAAGGUCGUCGCGAUUUAUCCAAUGCUGAUUUAAAAGAUCCCAAAUAUCGUUAUAUGGCUACCGUACCUUUAGAUUCCGAAACUCAUGGAGCCGAUGAUGUGGGAGUAUUUGCUUCGGGACCCUAUGAACACUACUUCACCGGCAACUAUGAACAAAGCAAUAUACCCGCCCUAAUGGCUCAUAUUGCCAAUAUUGGUCCUUUUGCUGAUGAUAAAUUGUAAA